AUGAUAGUGUUAAGCUGGAAUGUUCAAGGUUUGGGUCCACCUCGAACAAUCCAAAACCUAAGAGACUAUGUGAAGAAGAUCAGACCCAGUCUCGUUUUCUUAAUGGAAACGAGAAUGGGUAAAAGUAAAGUAGAAAAGAUUGUAUCUAUGAAGAUGAAAUUGGUAAGAAAGUCAGGUUUACAGGGUUCUAUGUGGACCCAAUUAAAGCUCAUAAGAUUCAUUCUUAGACCCUUUUGGAGAGGCUUAGUAGUACAGAUGACAAGGUGUUUACUUGGUGGGGGUAAGAGGGGGAAUGGUAUUGUGAAGGAGCGUCUAGAUAGGUUCACUAUCAACCUAAGUCUUCAAAGGUUGUUUCCUGAUUAUGGGGUUCGUACUCUAGACCAUUGGGGUUCGGACCAUAGACCCAUAGUUUUCUGGAGCAAAAAAGAAGAAGAGAAGAAUGGUAUUAGCAGUAGAAGAGGAAAGUAUAAAAGAUUUAUUUUUGAAGAUGUGUGGACGUUGAAAGAGGGGUUUGAAGAGGAAGUGGAAUCUGCGUGGAAUGAGUCCAUGAUGGUAACGAGAGCCGCAGAGCUCCCCAUUAAGCUGAGUAAGUGUGUAGGGGCUUUUAAUAGGUGGGGUAAACUGUCAAUGGGAAAGCUCAGGAAGCAAAUUGAUAAGCUGAAGGAAGAGAUGUACAAAAUCCUUAACUCAACUGACUCCAAUAUAUCAGUUGAAAAGGUAAGAGAAAUUGAGGGGAAGAUGGAUGAGCUUCAAUUACAGGAAGAAGUGGCUUGGAAACAAAGAUCCAGAAGUGACUGGCUUGCUUUUGGUGAUAAAAACACCAGGUUUUUUCAUCUUAAAGACUCUAAACGAAGGGCCAAGAACAGCAUAAAAGCCAAGGAGGAAAUAUCUGAAGUCCUAGAACAUGUGAAAUAUGGUAUUAAUGAUGACAUGAAUAAUUUGCUUUCAAGCAGGUUCAAAGCAAAGGAGGUUGUCACGGUGCUAAAGGAUAUGCCAUCAACAAAAGCUCCGGAAAAAGAUGGCUUUCGAGCCUUAUUUUUCCAGAAGUAUUGGAGAAUUGUUGGAAAGGAAGUCACUGAGGAUGGUGGUGAUGUGAAUUGUAUAAAUGAAACAAUGCUUGCUCUUAUUCCCAAAGUCACUAUUGCUGAUUCUAUUACUAAGUUUAGACCUAUUAGCCUAUACAAUGCGAUAUAUAAAUUAGUGUCUAAAGCAUUAGCUAAUAGAUUCAGGAUUGUGUUGGGGGAGGUAAUAGAUCAUGCUCAGAGCGCUUUUGUGCCAGGGAGACAGAUUAUUGAUAAUGCGUUGCUAGGAAAGAUUGUUGCUCAAAAGGGUUUGAGGCAAGGGGAUCCCCUAUCCCCUAACCUUUUCUUAAUCUGUGCUCAAGGCUUGUCAAAUCUUAUUAAUGCUGCGGUUGAGAAGAAGUUAAUCCAUGGUUUAAAUUUUGGAGAUAGAUGCCAGGGAACUGAUCAACAAGUUAAGGAGGAAAUCCUAGAGAUUCUGAAUGUUCAGGUUGUGCAGUGUCAUGAAAAGUAUUUGGGUUUACCUUCAACUUUGGGAAGGAAAAAAGGAACGAGUCUGAGGAGUGUGAAGGAGAAAAUAUGGCAAAAACUUCAAAGCUGGAGAGGUUCUUUGUUCUUAAAGGAGGAAAAGAAGAUCUGGUGGGGCAGCACUGAUGGAAAAAAGAAAAUCCAUUGGACUAUAUGGGAAGCCCUUUAUAAGCCUAAAUGCAAAGGUGGGCUAGGUUUUAAGGACCUGGAAUGUGUAAACCAAAGCUUGCUGGCUAAACAAGCUUGUAGGAUCUUGAAAUUGCCUGAUAACCUGUUGACUAAAGUUUAUAAAUACAGAUACUUUAAAAAUCAGGAUCUCAUGAAAGCUAAGUGUCCAAGAAACAGUUCGUACACCUGGAAGAGUAUUUUAUGGGGUAGACAGAUAAUGGAGGAAGGUACGAGAUGGAGAGUUGGAGAUGAUUCUUUAGUUAAAUCAUUGAUCACGGAUGAGAGGAAGUGGGAUGUGGAGAUGAUUCAGAAUAAGUUUAAUGAGGAGGAUGUGGACUGGAUUUGUAAUAUCCCUUUGGCUAAAACAGAACUGCAUGAUAAUAGGAGAUGGCAUUAUGACAAAUCAGGUUUGUAUAACGUAAGAAGCGGUUACAGAGUUGCUUGGGACUUGAAAAAUCAAGCUUCAAGCUCUGAUGGGACAGAGAUGAUGAGCUGGUGGAAGUUCCUUUCGGGUCUUUCUUUACCUCAAAAAGUGAAAAUCUUCUUGUGGAAGUGUUUUAAUGAUCUCUUACCAGUCAGGGCUGAUUUAAGUAGAAGAGGAAUGAUUGUUGAGAAUUUAUACUCAGGCUGUAAUUGUGCAGGUGAAUCUCAAAUUCAUGCUUUAUGGUUCUGCAGGCAGGCCAGGAAAGCUUGGAAACCUUGGGACAAAAGCCAUCUAUUGUCCCCAGAUCAACAUUGGAGCAUGAAGGAUUUGAUGUACAGGACUUACAAGGAUCUAAAGCAAUCAGAUUUCAACAUUUUUGAAACUAUGAUGUGGUUGAUUUGGCACGAGAGAAAUUGCACGUUCCAUGGCCAAAAGUGCAAACCAAAGGUGUUUCUAGUUCAGUGGUCAGCAAAAUACAUCGAGAACUUCCAGGUUGCAAAGAAGUGGACUACGCCAGAAAAAGAAGAGAACAAAUUCAACACGGGCGUGAUUAUCAGAGAUUGGAGAGGUGAAGCUCAAGCUGCAGGCUGUAAGAAGUAUGAAAAAGCAGUUUCAGUGGAGUUGGGGGAAGCUAUUGCAAUCAGAAAUGGAGUCUGGAAGACCCUUUGGGAAUCCACUAAAUGGGAUAGUGCUUUGAAGAUUAGCACAAACUCUACAAGGAGAUUUCUAAAAGAUAAUCUCAAACUCACAAUGUGCUUUUUCAAGGAUAAACACAAACCUACAAGGAGAUUUCUAAGAGAUAAUCUCAAACUCACAAUGUGCUUUUUCAAGGAUAAACACAAACCUACAAGGGGUGAGUUUUCUCAAAGAUAA